AUGUCAGAUAUCAUUUCUCCAGGCCACAAAACGCCAGCACGUAUCACUGACGAAGAGGGCAAGCCAUUGCAUGCAAGCAAGCAGGAUGAUGUCGCCCUUGCCUACACACCGGGAGCUGUCGAUAAGGUCGCGACCUCGACCGGUGCGCUGUAUGGCAUGAGGGAAGACACUGGCUCUACAGGUGACAGAUAUAGCUGGCUUGGCAGUGCAUUUUACUUCGGCUACCUCUUCUGGUGCUUCCCUGCCGCCUCGUUAUGUGAGCAACACCCACUCCUUCCUUCUGGGAACCGCGAUGACACCUCUUGGAUGCAGAAACUUCCGAUUGCGAAAUUGAUGUCUGGUGUUAUUUUCUUGUGGGGUAUCAUCCUCAUAGCAACUGCAUACAGCCAUAGCUUUGCAGCCAUGAUAACACUCCGCGUACUUCUGGGACUACUAGAGGCGCCAAUCAUUCCAGGAGGAUAUUUGAUGUUAACGAUGUGGUACACUCGCAACGAGCAAGCUUUGCGGUCUGGUUUAAUGUACACGAACCUCUCUGUCUUCCUUCCGGGGCCUGUCGGCUACGGCGUCGGAGCAAUCGCAGGGGGCAGCCAAUGGCGCUGGUACUUCGUCAUCCUCGGUUCGAUUUCUCUCGUGUGGUCCAUGAUACUAGGUAUCUUCCUCCCAGACAACUUGGCCCGAGCCAAGUUCGUCACCGAGCGUGAGAAGGCAAUCACCGUAGAACGCCUACGAGCCAACCAGACCGGCAUCGAGAACAAGACUUUCAAGAAAGACCAGGUCGUUGAGGCUUUUAAGGACCCGAAGACGUGGUUGAUGUUUGCCUUCAACAUCUUCUGUAGUAUCCCUAAUGGCGCUCUAACAAAUUUCCAGAGUCUGAUCAUCAAAGGUCUAGGAUAUAACUCCCGUAACGCGCUCUUACUAGCAAUGCCCGAAGGCGUCGUUGCCACAAUCUCGGCCUACUUGUGUAAUGGCGGCGUUUGGUACCUUACACGCAAGUGGCCCAAGCUGCAAUGCCGUGUUCCAAUCAUCAUCGCAGGUGAACUUGUCGGCAUGAUCGCCUCCGUGUUUCUCUACACCCUUCCUCAAUCGGCCGUCGGGGGCCGACUAGCAGCUCUAUGGAUGGCCAAGUUCUUCCUCGGACCAUAUAUUGUCAUGUUGGCCCUGAAUGUGACCAACAUCGCCGGCCAUACCAAAAAGGUCACAGUGCAAGCAAUAAUUUUCAUCGCUUACUGUCUGUCCAACAUAGUUGCACCGCACUUCUUCAAGGCCGACCAAGCCCCUUUGUACCCAUUAGGCACAGGGGCCAUCCUGGGGAGUUAUGUGCUUUCCAUCAUCACAAUUGCCAUGUACGCGGCCUAUUGUUAUUGGGAGAACUGCCGCCGUGACCGGGUUGACAGCACAGCAGGAGAGCGGGUGCAUGAAGAUACGGAUUUCAAGGAUCUGACAGAUCAUCAAAAUGUCCAUUUUAGAUACGUGUGGUAG